AUGGCCGUUCUUACGGGACACAGAUGUAUUGCACUAUGGUUUAUAAUGCUGCUCACAUUAAUAUCCGUUGUAAUAUAUUUGGAUGGAGGCUUUGACAAGCAACCCUAUCUUAUGUUUGUACUAUUUGCAAUAGCGGAUAUUCUGUACGUCUCAUCAAUCUUUUGGUCAAUGCUAUCAACUACAUCGUUCACAAUGCCUCAGAACUAUAGCCAUCUGUACAGCUAUCUGUACUUUCAUCGCGACAAAGUCAUACAACUAAUUGGGUUCCUGCUGAAAAUCACAUUCGAAUGCUUCCUAUUUGCCAAGAUCGUACUCCAUAAAGAAGUACCCCUGUUCAUGUUAUUGUCACCAUUAUGGAUUAUACUCGCCAUUGUUAUAGUUGAUCUCAGCAAACGGAUAUAUUCAAUACAACAAAGUUGA